UGAGAAUUGGGGGUGAUCGCUUGGGGGUAAGCACAACAUGGUAGCAUCACCACUAUUACGAACUGUCUUUCCGUUUCGGAGUUAUGGGUGCACUUUGUCUCCAGUUUAUCAGACUGUGAGACGACAGCUUGCCACCACCGCAUCCACAGCCGUCGUAACUACCGUUCACCUCCCCACCGCUUCCGGGCAAGAGAUCCCUGCGUUACUUCACCCGUUGACGCCAGUAAUUCGCGGUGCGGACCGGGUGCGAGAAGAACAUGUCGAGCGGUAUACAGACAAAGAAAACCAUUACUGGAAAUCCCCCACCGUCCAAGCCUUUCUCAACUCCUUUGCCUCAGGAGAACCCAUAGGUCUCAUUGAACUCGACCGAACCGUCUUUGGGGCUACACCGCGCUCGGAUUUGUUAGCUCGCGCCGUGCGAUACGAAGAGAGUUGGUGGGCGGCGGGUACAGAGAGUACAAAGGCGUUGGGACAGGUUCGAGGGUCGACACGAAAACCGUUUCCACAAAAGGGUCGAGGAAAGGCUCGUGUUGGGACUAUUCGGGCCCCGCAAUGGCGUGGAGGAUACCGUGUUCACGGUCCCCGUCCACACGACAAAUCUACCGACAUUCCCCGCAACGUAUACGAUCAAGCCAUCCGGUCCGCUCUCUCCGCCAAAUUCGCUCAAGACCAACUCCACAUUGUCGAUAGUCUGUCCAUGUCCACAGACAAAAAGAUUGCGCUCUUUGAGCGUCUCCAUGCAUUGUCAUUAAAUGGGAAACGUGUCUACUUUAUGUACGGAAACGAGGAACCGGAAGUAGAGUUGAUUCAGGCUGCCAACAAGUUUAAGAAGCGGGCUGCGGUGCAUGAUAAGGGGUUACCGGCGGAGAAGGCGUUAUUGGUGACGAGUGCGAGACAGGUUGCUGUUAGCCCUGUUUUGGAGAAUGAGUAUUUGGUGUUGGAUAAGAUGGCUGUUGAGGUUCUGGAGGAAAUGUAUCAUGUGGAUUGAUGUGGCAUCUGGGUGUGCAUGUUGCCUAGGUCGUGUUGUUUACAUUGUUGGGUAGCAUUUAUUUAAUAAUGCAUUCUUUUUACUACACUA